AUGAGUGAAGGGGUUCACACAACAUACGUCAGGUUAACGAUUCAUACGUCCUUCAUUAAAGCUGCUUCUCAGGUUUCAGCAUUCCUCAUGAGGUAUCAGAGAUUACCGACCAGCGAAGAAGCUGAGAUGGCGAACGAAAUUCACAGCAAUGAUCUAGCAUCAUCAACUGAGCACGAUGUCGAACCUGAUUUCAAGAGUAGAAAUAUCGAUAAUAAUUAUGUUCCUCACUCGGAAGUUGAGAGUCUCAAUCUUGAGACAGCAAUACCACCGGGCACAAUUGAUCCAAUAUAUGAAGCUAAAGCUCGAGUCUUGAAUGAAGCUAUACAAGAUAUCGGUAUGGGAUGGUACCAAUGGCAACUGUUCGUAGUUGUAGGCUUCGGCUGGGCAAAUGAUAAUUUGUGGCCAAUUGUCACAUCACUCAUAUGUACUGAAUUUAUCCAACUGGGUCGCUGUAUCAGAUCUAAUAUUGGCCUCCUUGCAGGUGCCAUGUUUUGGGGAUUUGGUUGCGAUAUCUUUGGUCGACGUUUGGCAUUUAAUGCUACACUUGGCAUCACAGCUGUUUUUGGAUUGAUCGCUGCCGGCUCACCAAACUUUGCGGCUAUUGGAUGUUUUGCUGCACUUUGGAGUUUUGGGGUGGGCGGGAAUCUUCCUGUCGAUUCAGCAGUCUUUCUCGAAUUUCUCCCUGGCUCACAUCAAUAUCUCCUUACCAUCCUUUCAAUCGACUGGGCGGUGGCUCAAGUCAUCGCGAAUUUAAUUGCUUGGCCACUUUUAGGGAACCUCACGUGUCAAGAAGAUUCAACAUGCACUCGAUCACAAAAUAUGGGUUGGAGAUAUUUUCUUAUUGUCAUGGGAGGAAUUUCCAUGAUUGAGUUCUUCAUCCGGUUCAUCUGUUUCACAAUCUUUGAAAGCCCUAAAUAUUUGAUGGGAAAAGGAAAGGAUGAAGAUGCUGUUGCGGUUGUUCAGGAAGUUGCCAGGAGGAAUGGAAAGCUGUCAAAUCUGACCGUCAUCCGUCUUCAGGAAUGUGGCACUCUUCCUCAUACGAAUGCCUCGGCAACCUUAUCAAGAAAACUCCAUCAAAUGGAUUUAUCACACGUUCGCGCCUUAUUCGCGACAAAGGAAUUGGCCAUUUCCACCAGUUUGAUUAUGCUAGUAUGGGCAUUCAUUGGUCUUGGCUAUCCCCUCUACAAUGCAUUCCUCCCUUACAUCCAAGCAACGAGGGGUGCUGAGUUUGGAGAUGGCAGUACAUAUCUGACAUAUCGGAACUCUCUAAUCAUAUCUGUGCUUGGAAUACCGGGCGCACUUAUCGGUGGUUAUCUCAUUGAAGUUCCAAGAUUGGGUAGGAAAGGAACCCUUGCGCUUAGUACCAUAGCGACGGGAGUAUUUUUAUACGCUUCCACCACGGCUAUGACAUCUACGGCAUUACUGGGCUGGAAUUGCGCGUUUAACUUUUGUUCUAAUGUUAUGUAUGCUGUUCUAUAUGCGUACACACCGGAAAUAUUUCCAACAAAAGACCGCGGUACUGGUAAUGCUCUCACUGCAACCUCGAACAGAAUCUUUGGGAUCAUGGCUCCAAUCAUUGCCAUGUUUGCAAACCUUGAAACGUCCGCUCCUGUUUACACAAGUGGAGCUCUAUUCAUUGCAGCAGGACUGCUAGUUUUGGUCUUGCCAUUUGAGAGUCGUGGAAAAGCCAGUUUAUAA